AUGGGUUCAUCCGAGUCUUUAGCUGCAAACUUUAAGUCUAGUAUGAUGAAGACUUUUGAGAUGAAAGAUUUGGGGUUGUUGCAAUAUUUUUUGGGUCUUGAAGUAAAACAAGACUUGGAUGGAAUUCUUGUAUGCCAAAAGAAGUACUCUGCAGAUUUGUUACAGAGGUUCAAUAUGUCAGAUUGUGAAAUUGCAGUCACACCAAUGAAUGUCAAUGAAAAGUUACAACGUGAAGAUGGAACGGAAGUAGCAAAUGCAACGCUAUUUAGAAGUCUAGUGGGUGGUUUAAAUUACUUAACACACACUAGACCCGACAUUGCUUUUCCCGUCAGCUUGGUAUCCAGAUUUUUGCAUGAUCCUUCCCGACAACAUCUUGGUGCAGCCAAAAGAACACUUCGAUAUGCUGCUGGAACUAUAGACUUUGGCAUUUGGUACUCAAAAACAUCAAGUUUCAAACUUGUGGGCUUCACUGACAGUGAUUGGGUAGGUAGUAUUGAUGAUCGUAAGAGCACUUCAGUGAGUGUUUUCAGUCUUGGUUCAGGUGCAGUAACAUGGAGUUCAAUGAAGCAAGAAACAGUAGCUUUAUCUUCUUCUGAAGCUGAAUAUGCAGCAGCUACUUUAGCAGCACGUCGGGAUUUGUGGCUUAGAAAAUUACUUUCUGAUCUUGGUUAUGUGCAAGCAGAAGCUACUGAUGUUUUUUGUGACAACAGGUCAGCUAUUUCAAUGAGCAAAAAUCCAGCAUUUCAGAUGUGCAGCAUCACUUUGUUCGACAACUUGUAG